AUGGACAAGAGACACCCUAGCUCGUUCCAGCAGCUGGAGAAGUUGGGUGAGGGUACCUAUGCAACGGUCUUCAAAGGUCGCAACCGCCAGACGGGCGAAUUCGUCGCGCUGAAAGAGAUCCACCUCGACUCCGAAGAAGGCACUCCAUCGACGGCCAUCCGCGAAAUUUCGCUCAUGAAGGAGCUCAAGCAUGAGAACAUCGUGUCGCUGCACGAUGUCAUCCACACCGAGAACAAGCUCAUGCUCGUGUUUGAGUACAUGGACAGGGACCUGAAGAAGUACAUGGACUCGCGCGGCGACAGAGGCCAGCUGGAUCCCGUGACCAUCAAGUCGUUCAUGUACCAGCUGCUGCGCGGCGUCGCUUUUUGCCACGAGAACCGCGUCUUGCACCGUGAUCUCAAGCCCCAGAACUUGCUCACCAACAACAAGGGCCAGCUGAAGCUCGCCGAUUUCGGUCUUGCCCGCGCCUUCGGAAUCCCCGUCAACACCUUCUCCAACGAGGUCGUCACGCUGUGGUACCGCGCGCCCGACGUUCUGCUCGGCAGCCGCACCUACAACACCAGUAUCGACAUCUGGUCCGCAGGCUGCAUCAUGGCCGAGAUGUACACCGGCCGCCCGCUCUUCCCCGGCACCACCAACGAGGACCAGCUGCAGCGCAUCUUCCGCCUGAUGGGCACGCCCUCGGAGCGCUCGUGGCCCGGCAUCAGCCAGUUCCCGGAAUACAAGCCCAACUUCCACGUCUACGCGACGCAGGAUCUCCGCCUCAUCCUCCCGCAGAUCGACUCGCUCGGCCUCAGCCUUCUGAGCAGCAUGCUGCAGCUGCGCCCGGAGAUGCGCAUCAGCGCGACGCAGGCGCUGCAGCACCCGUGGUUCAACGACAUCGCUCAGGCGCACCAGCAGCAGCAGCUGAACGCCCAGCAGAUCGCGGCGCAACAGCAGGCGCAGCAGGCGCAGAUGGGCGGCGGUUAUUCGAUGGCGCAAGGUGCAACCAGUCUCCCCAAUCUUCGUCAGUCACAUCCGCGACAACUGCCUCUGGUGUUCGGCGAGAGGCCGCUCAGCACUUCCUCGCUGCCUUUCGAGUUCCGGUCGAACAGUCGUGGCCGCCACAGCCUCGCGCACGUGUGGAAUGCCGAACAGUCGUAUUUCUCCAACACCACUCCCAUCGAUCCGGCGCUGCUGGUUUCUUCGCAUGCAACCCCCCGCGGUCUUCCUCUGUCUGACGUCACGGAUACUUCCCACGUGGCCACGCCGAGACCGCUGGGCCGACGGCUCGUCCGCUCGGUGGACAUUCCGCCUCCUACGCGAGCCGCAUCUACGCCUCAACAGAACACGUUUGCGCACAUGGACCCGAAUGACCCGGAUUAUCCGUUUUCGGUAGUUCCGCCGCCGAAGUAG